UAAUAUGGUUGAUACACUAACGAUUUAUUAUAAUAACAACAUAAUUAGUUAAAGUCCUAAAAACAUUUCUACUUUACGUGACCUUGCAAAAUUUAGCACGUCUAAGUCAAAACUAGUCAAACUAAGAGGUCAGAGAUUUUUUUUAUGAUUUUCCCGAUUAAAGAUUUCGUUGUAAUUAUUUAUAGUGUGCUUACAAAAUAACAAAAGCGUUCCACAAAUAUCGUAUUUUACGAUAGUAUUAUUAUUAUUGGCAUGUUGUCCUUCGAUAGUUCCCUAUAAAACCAGCCACUGUGCUGCAUUGGAAACAAUAUUAAAGUUGUAUUGUUAAUUCCAAUUGAAAUACACGGGUUACGCCUACUUUACAAGAACUUAAAAAGAAAAAAUGAAUGUGAAAGACAUAUUUGUUUUGUGUUUCGCAAUCAAUUACUUAGUAACUAAAAGUGUUGCGGACGAGACCGAAGAAGAAAGGCAACGAAAAAUCCAGCUUAGGGAUUAUAUUUUUACGUUAUCUACUGCUUUAGCCACCGGUCCUGUAGUGCGGUCAAAUAUAGAGCAACUCGAGGACGAGCUCAUGAAUAGCAUUUUUUCGUCCAUUUUACAUAUACAUGAUUUACCUGAUGAACCUAAUAGUACCAUUAAUCUGAAUAUGUUUCGCAACUAUGUGAAUGAUGCCGAUUUAAGUAAAACUAUAUUGAACAAUUUUUAUUUGGACGGCACACUUUCUGAUAUAACUAAAAGCAAAAUGACUCGUGAUGAAUUUAAGAAUCUCAUAAGAAGUGCAAGUGCAUUAUACGAGAUGACAGUAAAUGAAUUCACUGAACCAUUAAACGCUAAAUUUAAAGAACAUUUUAGAACGUAGUCAUAAUAAUAACUAUAAAUUAGCCUGCUUUUUUGUAAACUUUACAAAUGUU